AUUCUAUACACACGAAAAAGGAAAAAGAAAAAAGAAAUCUAAUUCCCUUUUACGUAGCGUAGGUAGUGUUUUUUAAAUUACGAAGAUAGUGUUGGUUGUUUUGGUGUACUCCAGUCCAGGCCAGGCCAAUAACACAGGGAGGAUAUGAAAGGGAGAGGAAAGAAAGUAGGGAAAUUCCAUCGUCUUUCUUCCGCAAUAAUGUGCGAUGUGGAGCGUAAACGAAUGGAUUUGAUGCCUACUUUUGGGGACUUGAAUUAAUUUAUUGAUCUAUUCCUGGUCCUGGUCCUCCUGAAUUGAACCCGAAAAACAGCGGGCACCAGCUAGCAGGACGACGAGACGAGAGAGCCCGAGUCGCCCUCCUCCUCCUCCUUGCCAUUGCUAGAGGGAGGGAGGAGGGGGUGACGGCGCCGCUGCUGCCAGGAUCACAAUCAACAUGGGCGACUCCGAUGACAAGGCUGACAUGCUCCAGGUCUCCGAGGAUACGGCGCACCAGAUUAGCGUUGAUCCUUGGUAUCAAGUUGGAUUCGUUCUGACUACUGGGGUGAAUAGUGCAUAUGUUCUGGGAUACUCUGCAUCAAUCAUGGUCCCGUUAGGCUGGAUUGGUGGGACAUGCGGCUUGAUCCUAGCUGCCGCAAUAUCCAUGUAUGCUAAUGCUCUCCUUGCUCGCCUUCAUGAAGUUGGAAGCAAACGCCAUAUCAGAUACAGAGAUCUUGCUGGGCACAUUUACGGUAGAAAAAUGUAUUCGCUUACAUGGGCUCUCCAAUAUAUUAAUCUUUUCAUGAUCAACACUGGAUUUAUAAUAUUAGCUGGUCAAGCCCUGAAGGCAACAUAUGUAUUGUUUAGGGAUGAUGGAGUUCUAAAGCUACCUUACUGUAUAGCAUUGUCCGGGUUUGUCUGUGCUCUUUUUGCCUUUGGAAUUCCGUAUCUCUCUGCUCUCAGGAUAUGGUUGGGAUUCUCAACAUUUUUCAGCCUCAUCUAUAUUGCGGUGGCAUUUGUUCUGUCACUUAGAGAUGGGAUAACCACACCUGCAAAGGAUUAUACUAUUCCUCAAUCACAUUCAGCUAGAAUCUUCACUACGAUAGGUGCUGUAGCAAACCUCGUGUUUGCGUACAACACUGGAAUGCUGCCAGAAAUCCAAGCAACCAUAAGGCCUCCUGUGAUCAAGAACAUGGAGAAGGCUCUAUGGUUCCAAUUCGCUGUCGGUUCGUUACCUUUUUAUGCUGUGACCUUUAUGGGCUAUUGGGCUUAUGGAUCCUCAACAUCGAGUUUUCUACUAAAUAGUGUGAAAGGACCAAUUUGGAUAAAAUCCGUGGCAAAUUUGUCAACGUUUCUUCAGACCGUCAUAGCAUUACAUAUAUUUGCAAGCCCAAUGUAUGAGUUCUUGGACACAAGGUACGGCAGCGGACAUGGUGGCCCUUUUGCAAUCCACAACAUAAUGUUCAGAGUGGGUGUCAGAGGAGGCUACCUGACUGUCAACACCUUGGUGGCUGCGAUGCUCCCAUUCCUUGGUGACUUCAUGAGUUUGACAGGAGCUCUCAGCACCUUCCCCCUGACAUUCGUUCUUGCAAAUCACAUGUACCUGAUGGUGAAGAGGAACAAGCUGCCUACCUUCCAGAAAUUCUGGCAUUGGCUGAAUGUUGUUGUGUUCAGCUUGUUGUCCAUCAUAGCUGCAGUUGCUGCGCUGAGGCUAAUCAUGGUCGAUUCCAGUACUUACCAUUUGUUUGCUGAUUUGUGAGGCCCGAAAUUUCAGUGCAGCCAUGCGCCUGUAAAUUAGUACCCUUUUGUUACUGUUCUUUAGGGAAUGGAGUUUGGACGGCCUUUUGUUCUGUUCUUGUUCUUUACUUAGGGAAAUGGAGUUUGGACGGUGGCCAUUGCAAUAUAACCUUGGAUGAAAAUGUCCCCAUUUUUCUUUUGUUUCAACUGCGAGAUAGUAGUAGAUUCAUGCUACAUGCUGUCAGUAGUGAUACUUGUGCGAGCGACAUGUCAGCA